AUGUAUGGGUUUGUUAUUGCUUUGAAUGCACUUCAUCCGAAUUAUAUUGGAGAAAGUCGAAUUCCAAGACAGAUUAUCAAUCGAGCACUUCUCUCUGUUGUCGACGAAAAUGAAUUAGAUAAACUUCUUCAUGAAACACCCAUUGCAUAUGGUUUUUGUAUUAACGGGGGAUUUUUUCGCGCAGACAAUAAUCAACAAUGUUAUUUGCUUAACUAUGAAUUGGGACCGAAUUUGAACAGUCAUGAUAACAUGACAAACAAGAAUUUUAUCAGUAAAUGUCUUGUUCUAAACAAUGAACAAUAUGAACAAUAUCAAAAAAAGAAUGAUGAUGUUUGUAUUGUCUUGAAUUAUCUUCUUCAUUACAAUCAUUAUGAACGACUUCAAGGAUCGAUUGUUGAAAGAGCAGCACUUUUAUCAAGUCGAAAUCGUGCUCGACGUGGACUCGAAUUUGGAGAGAUACGCACGGAAAAAGACGCCUUAACUUUAUUAGGUGAUCGAGCCGAUGAAAAGUUUCCGAUUUUUAUCAUUCCUGAAACGAAUGAAAACAAUACGGCAACACUUUGUACGGCUCAUUUUAAUUUUCAUACAUAUCAAUUGAUCAUCUAUCGGAAUAAUCCGAAAGACAAUAGUGAACCACAUCUAGUGUAUAAUCUUGCUAAUUUAUGGAAGCAAAACGACAAGACUGAGAAAUAA